AACUCAGAAUAAGGAUAAAAAGAACGUUGCCAAUCUGACAGUUGUCAUCCUUAUGGGCCGUAAAUUGGCCCGUAAUUCACGUUAAAACAAUGACGUUCCCUAUGAAGAAACCUCAGUCGUUAUUCUUCGCUCGUUUUUAAAACGAUCUUAGCGUAGACUGCUUGGAGGAUCAAUUUUCUUCUCUCUGAAGAAGUUUACUUUUGUGGUAUGAGUUGAAUCACAUAAUUUACAAUGGAUGAUGCUCCUGUUAUAUAUGGGCUGGAAGAUUUCCAAGCAAGGGCGUUAGCAGCUCAUACAGCUGAAACAGAGAAGAUAAAUUUUCUUGUUGGAACCCAGUCACUAAGAAGAGUUAAUCAGGUGCAGCUCAUUGAGUUUGACGAUGAUACAAGUUUAGUAACUAAACAGACUUUUGAGCACCCAGCUGGUGAGAUCUGGAAAAUUGUUGGUGCUCCACAAAGUGUGCAUCUCAUUGCUACUGUUUACAAUAACAGUAAGAUAUAGUAUAGCUGUUGUUAUA